CGUGAAUUUAAAUCGGAAUAUAUCAUUUCUGCACGAAAUCAAUUACGAAUACAAAUAGAAAUCUAUGAUUACAACCAGAAGAAUACAGUCAAAGCUCGACAGUACGAACACGAUCAGUAAAACGAUCAGGGAGAGGAAUGCGUCAUCGAGGCAUGUACUCCAUGGCUUCCUUAGGGUUUGUUCGCCCGUGACAGAGACGUCCAUUGUGUGAAUAGAAGGUGGGUUACAUGCAGCUGGCUGAACGUCCUGUGCAGCGCAACAGGAAGGUACCUCCUUCGACAGUAACAUAGACCAUAAGAUCAGCACUUUUCCUGUGCAGCUCCACAAUGGAAGAGAGCGAUAAUAGUGGAGAUGAAGCUCCAAAGCGUGAGGUUCCAGAGGAGGGGGUAUUGGACGAUGGAACCAUAGAUGACACAGAUGGCUCAUUUAGAAAAUAUUUCAAGAAAUUCAUUCAUGCAUUUAAACCACACGUUCGAACGAGGGAGAUGCCACAGACGCCACCCGUUGCACCCCAUGACGACAAAGACGUGUACACGUUUUCCUCACAAGAAAAGGGUCUGGCUGUCAUCAUCAAUAAUGAAGAGUUCGACUUAAGGUCCAAAUUGUCAGAUAGGGAAGGUGCAAAAAAAGAUGCACGUAAUCUUUUGAAGAUUUUCAAACAUCUGGGAUUUGAGACCAAGUAUUAUGAAAAUCUGACAGCACGUCAAAUGGUGCACACACUUCAAACAAUUGCCGGCAACAAAAAGUACGAUUUGAACCAGGUCGACUGCUUUGCAUGUGCCAUCCUGUCGCAUGGGGAUAAUGGAAUAUUUUUACCCAGAAAGACACAGAAAGAAGAGUCAAUGAUACGACAUGACAUCAUAUGUGGCACAGACGGCGAAGUUGUCCCCACUCGGUACCUUCUGAGCAUCUUCAACGACGAAUGCUGCCCUGAACUGGAGGGGAAACCUAGGCUGGUAUUCUUACAGGCUUGUCGAGGGGAUCACCUUGCUGACCCAGCAUACAUUACAGUGUUAGAAAAAAAGAAAAAAGUAGAAACAACACGAGACAAAUCUGCAAAAGAUGCCGUGGAUGCUGUACCUGGUUGUGUCGACGAAUUGCAAAAACAUGAACAUGAGAAGGACCAUGAACAUAACCAAGAACAGGAGGAAGCUAAGGAGCAUGAACAUAACCAAGAACAGAAGGAUGAGGAGGAGCAUGAACACAAACAAGCACAGGAACAUGGUGAAGACCAUGAACAUAACCAAGAACAGAAGGAAGCUAAGGAGCAUGAACAUAAACAAGCACAGAAACAUGGUGAAGACCAUGAACAUAACAAAGGACAGAAGGAUGAGGAGGAGCAUGAACACAAACAAGCACAGAAACAUGGUGAAGACCAUGAACAUAACCAAGAACAGAAGGAAGCUAAGGAGCAUGAACAUAAACAAGCACAGAAACAUGGUGAAGACCAUGAACAUAACAAAGGACAGAAGGAUGAGGAGGAGCAUGAACACAAACAAGCACAGAAACAUGGUGAAGACCAUGAACAUAACCAAGAACAGAAGGAAGCUAAGGAGCAUGAACACAAACAAGCACAGAAACAUGGUGAAGACCAUGAACAUAACCAAGAACAGAAGGAUGAGGAGGAGCAUAAACACAAACAAGAACAGGAACACGAGGAACAGGGGGAUCAGAAUCCAUCGACAAGCGUCGCAGACCAACAAGGGAAAGAACGGCCGCGAUAUCUCACUACCAUCACCCCAUCACCCAUCUACAAGGACUUCCUGGUUCUGUACGCCGCGCCUCCAGGGCACUUCGCAUGGCGGAAUGCGAGAGAAGGAUCUUGGAUGAUACAGUGUCUCACCAAGGUGAUGCUGUCUGAGGACGUCUUUCAAAUACCGCUAACGUCCUUGCUUCGACAGGUCAGCUGGAAAAUGUCCAGGAUGGUGUCUGAUGUUAAAGGAACACAAUUACACGAAAAGAUGUCAGUCCCGUGUGUGACUUCCAUGCUAACCAAAGACGUUUAUUUUAAGAAAAAGAAUUUGUAGAUAAAAGAUAGAUUUAAUUCUAAUUUCAACAAAUACGGUUAAAGGUCCAUUAGCCGUCAUCUGUGGGAAGACCUUAUGACAGUCAAGCUUACAUACAUUUUUUUUAUAUUUCACCCUCGCCUAGAUUAUCCGGAGUUGGAUAUGUAUUCGUAAUUUAAUUACACUCCAGAUUAAUAAAUACUAAUGUUGCAAUAUCUGCAAAA